AUGGAAGAGGAAGGAAUGCUGUGCAACUGCUUUGGAGUGUAGAACCUUAGCAGUUCCAGGGAGGAGAGGAUUGAAGGUGAUGUGAAGGCGUUUUGGACACAGUUGGGAGGUAGAAGAGUGGACGUCAUCUUCGAGCAGGUGCAAAACGUGCUGCUGUUGCUAAAGCAAAAGAUCAAGAAUGGAACUGCCACAAACGAAGAAUGCUGGCAGGCUUGGGCACUGGUGAAUGAAGCUAAUCUAGCUGAUCUCUUAACCAACGGAAGCAACAUGUUGGAUGGAGAUGGCAUACAGGAAACCACACCCAAAUCACAGUGUCUUCUUACAGGUGACAACGCUGCAAACUCUGUAGAAGGUUCCCACAGCAAAAAGGAGGAGAUGGAAAAAACAAGCUCAAGGAGUAAAGAAGCAUCUAGUGAAAUUCAGGAUUUACCUUUAAACCUGGGGUUUCAGAACCACAAGUGCUCUAGUGCAUGUCUUGCCAACAGAGCAAUGGGCUCCUACAAGGGUGAAAAUCCUCUUAAGAUACCAAUCCUGUUUCACUUCCAAAGACGCCAUGCAAAAGCAGACUGCCUUUCGAAAUCACUGGAUGUGAAUUACAAAGCUCCUUGCGGCCGAAGCCUGAGAAGCUUUCAGGACGUGCAAAAUUAUUUGUUUGAAACGGAGUGCAAUUUCUUAUUUGUUGAUCACUUCUCCUUCAACACAUACGUACUGUUGGGCAGGAGCGCCGUAAAUCCCAAACCCCUUGUGUUUGAGUUUGAUAUUAGCAAUGGAGCCGAGUCUGUGCCUGUUUCCUUCUGUAAUGAUCUUGACCGCGCAAGACUGCCUUAUUUCAAGUACCGGAGGGCAUCGUGGCCGCGUGGAUAUUAUCUCAGGAAUUUCUCUAGCAUAUUUGUUGAUUCAUGUGACUGCACAGAUGGCUGCAUUGAUAGGUCAAAAUGUGCAUGCUUACAGCUAACUGCAAAAGGCCGUAGUAAAAUUUCUCUGUCUCCAAGUAGUAAAACAUCCCGUGGAUACAGUUACAAAAGACUGGAGGGUCCUGUUCCUAGUGGAAUUUAUGAGUGUAGUGUGUUGUGCAGGUGUGACAAGAUGAUGUGUCAGAACAGAGUUGUACAGCAUGGUAUUCAAGUCAGGUUGCAGGUGUUCAACACGGAGAAGAAAGGUUGGGGCGUCCGCUGCCUAGAUGAUAUCGACAAGGGGACAUUUGUUUGUACUUACUCAGGCAGAUUAAUGAGCAGAGCUGAAGUUCAGUUAUUGGGAGAUGCUGGUCAAGGGCUGAAAGAGAAGAGUGCUGCUAAUGACAGAAGCCAUGGCUUUUUUUCCAAAAAAAGAAAACUUGACGCUGAUGUUUCAGACGACUCUGUGACUGAACUCGUGCAGACUGGCAAAAAUGGUGUUCUUGGGAAGCAGGAAUCUUUGUCUCAGACUGUGGAUAAUGAAAAUAAAUCAACCCUGGUUCAUCCAAGGAAUUUAAGUAUCGCAACUGUGAGAAGGCCUGGAAGUAGAACAGUUGUUUUUCAUAAGCACCAGCUAAAAAUGGUAAUAACUGAAUUGGUGCACAGUGCCAGCUCAGAUGAAGAGAAUUCUCAGAGUCAUCAGUCAAACAAACCAAAACUAACCAGUGCAACAAAGAAAGGAAAAGAAAAAUCCACUCGGCGGCAGAAGGAAGAACAUCUGAUGGAAAUGGGACAGACUGAGUCUGCUGACAUGGACAGUGCAGAAUGCAAAAGAAAGAGUCUGUCUCUGCAGAGUGUUGAUGGUGGCAAGUCAGGUGCACUGGAUGGCACAUGUGGUGUGAGGCCAUCCAAAAAUGUGCCACUAAAAGCUGACUGCAAACAGGAAAAUCACAGGCAGUCAAAACAGGACACAUUUUGUGAGGAAGCUGAUGGUGUCAAGACGCUUCUGAAGAAUGCUAAUGAAGAACAUGUUUAUAUACUGGAUGCCACAAAAGAAGGAAAUGUGGGUCGUUUUCUUAAUCACAGUUGCUGCCCAAAUCUCUUUGCACAGAGUGUGUUUGUAGAAACUCACAACAGAAGUUUCCCGUGGGUGGCGUUCUUCACAAACAGGCAUGUGAAAGCUGGAACCGAACUCACAUGGGAUUAUGGUUAUGAAGCUGGAAGCAUGCCAGACACAGAGAUUGCCUGUCAGUGUGGAGUUCAGAAGUGCAGGAAAAAAACCUUAUAG